AUCCAUGAGGGAGGAGUGAUAUUUUCUUACAGUCACCUGUAAAUCAACGAUAUCCGUUUUCAAGCAAGCACCUUUCUUCUUCUAACUGCCAUGGAUUCCGCUUCGUGCUCAAUUCUCCAAGCUCAGCCCUUUUCUUCAGCCGCGGCCGUUUUCCCGCCAAGUAACAACACCACCGCCCGCUUCUUCGCCCUCCCGAAGAGCAACCGCAACUCCAACUUGGUCCCUCCAUUUUCCUCCACUUUCACAAGAAACUCAACUUUUCCCGGAAAAUGUCUGCACUUCGAUCGGUUCUCCGCAUUCAGCUCGCUCUCCGGCGCUCAGGACCAGAACCCAUCUCAGGAACUGGCUGUUCUUCUCGAAGUCGACGGGGUUCUUAUGGAUGCUUAUCGGUUGGGGAACCGCCAAAGCUUCAAUGCAGCAUUUAAGAAGCUUGGACUUGACUGUGCAAGUUGGCCAGAGCCUGUUUACUUGGACCUCCUAAGGAUGAGUGCUGGUGAUGAGGAAAAGAUGGUGAAUUUGUAUUUUAAUCGGAUUGGUUGGCCUAGUUCAUUGCCGACAAGUGAGAAGGCGUCAUUUGUGAAAAAUGUUCUGCAAAAGAAGAAAAUUGCAAUGGAUGAGUUUUUGAUGUCAGAAAGUUUGACGUUACGACCUGGAGUUGAAGAGUUUAUUGAUGAGGCGUACAAGGAGGGAAUACCUGUGGUCGUACUGACAACUUAUAGUAAGAGUGGGGAUCAAAUUGGCAGAUCAAUUGUUGAAAAGCUUGGUCAGGAAAGAGUUUCAAAGCUAAAGAUUGUUGGAGAUAAGGAGGUAGAACAGAGUUUGUAUAGCCAACUGGUAAAUGAUACAGGAAUAUCUUCUGGAAUGGAUGAGCAACUAGCUAAGGAGGCAAUAAAAUCAGUUUCUGCUGAGAAGCAAAGGAUUGCAGAGGAGGUUGCAUCAUUGCUAAAGCUGAGUGUAGAUAUUGAUACUAGCCCGUCUGAAAGCUUAGAGAAGAUCAUUGCUGCAUUGCGAGCUGGGGCUGAAGUUGCCGGUCUACCUGUAUGCGAUUGUGUUCUUAUUGCAGGAAGCCAGUCUGGUGUGGCUGGAGCUGAGCGAGUGGGCAUGCCGUGUGUUGUUUUAAGAAGCAGUUUGACGGCUAGAGCUGAGUUCCCUUCAGCAAAUGCGAUAAUGGAUGGGUUUGGAGGAGCAGACCUGACCAUCCCUAAACUGCGAAACAAGAGACGGUUAUGAAAUCAAAUCAUGUUCCUCCUUUUGCCGGACUAUUUGCAGAGCUGUAAAUUUUUCUUUCCAUUGUGGAUACACCGGAAGAUUCAUCUCCCAUAGAGUGAUCUGUCAAAGUUAGAACAGAACUAGAGCUGUUAAUCUGAUGCAGUAUAGUUUCUUCAGCUUAGAGCUGCUUUGUAACAUUUUUAAGCCACAGUUUGCAAUAUAAGAGUAUGAAGUCAACUUUUAUAAUCUACAA